GGCCAGAAGGAGGCAAAAUGUGAGUGCGGGAGGGGGCGGGUGGGCAAGGCUGCCUGGCAGAUGCCGCGGGAAGGGCUUGGUGGCUGAUGAGAGCACUGGGUUCAAGUUGGGUAUUGAGCUUGGCAUCAAGGCCCUCCUCAGGCUCUGCACACACUGACCGCGCUUCAGCUUCUAGCCAAAAACCCCCAUCUGUGCCCUCUUGGGCUUGGCUCCCACGUGCUUACCCUUCUCGGGGCUCUGCACACAGGGGCCUGUCUCCUGGAAGUGACCUCCCCGUAACACCUCAUUUUCUUAAAAUUUGGCUGAAUUCUUCUCAUCUCUGUUAUUGCAGCCUUCCCUGAGUCUCCAAGCUGGGAUGGGGCCUCCUCAUGGCCACCCUCCUCCUGGUCCCAUCACACCCCGAACUGUCAGCUGCCUGUGGCCCCCACUGGUUGGAGCAUUUCAAGGACAGGGGUGAGAUCUAAGCAUGUGUCUCGGUCGCUGGAACAGGGCUGGUCACACAGCAGAGGCUCGGAAAAGGUCUGCUGAGGGCAGCCGGGUCCACCCCAGGGGAUUCAGGAUGCCUGGUGGGCCGAGGGUACCUCGAGAGGACCUCUCAGCCCUGAGUAGGCAAGGGGUGAGCCUGAACUGACUCCUCAGGGUCAGCACCUAGAAGGUGCUAGGUCAGUGGCCUUUGGCACUGUAGGGCCGGAGGGGAGGAUGAGGAUAGAACCUGCCAGGCCGAGAUGCUGCCUUCCAUGCAUUCUGCCCGCCCCUCCUGACUUCUCUGGGCCUGGCGUAGUGCAGGAGCCUGGGGACCCCCAGUGCCCUGGGCUGGCCCCUUCUUCCAGGAGCUCCCCAGUGUCGCCAGAGUGCUGUGGGACGCCAGGGGAGGCACUCCAAGCCAGCUUCAGUGUUGAGGGAAGGCUCCCGGGAGGAGGAGCUUUUCUGAGAAGGGUAGGAGGAAUUAAGCCCCAAAGGCAAGAACCUGUGGAUCCUAAGCACCUAGAAGAGCCCCCGGCAUACAUCUGUUGAAGGAAGGAGUAAAUGAACAAAUGGCUGUUGACGCAGCCCUUGGAGCUGGUCCCACUAAAGCCACAGCCACCCCCGCUGGGCUCUGGUUCAUCUAAGCCGGCUUUACCUGGCGCCUCUCUAGGCCAGGUGUGGCACUGACCUGACAAGCACGCCGUGAGGGGAGCCAGCAGCACCGAGGGAGGUAGGUGAUGUGCUCUGGUUCCCACAGCCCGAGGGAUAAGGCGGGAUUUGAAUCCAGGUCCACCUGGCUCCUAAAUCUCUCUCCAUUCUCCUGUUUCCAUGCCUGUAUCUGUCACCUGAAUUAUUGGUUUCCUUGCCUCCCUUCUAGGCCACACGCCACACUCAUCGGGGGUUGAACUGUGUUGCCCCUGUGAAUCCGUAUACUGAAGUCCUAAGCCAAGCACUUCAGGGUGUGAUCUUCUUUGGAAAUAAGAGCACUGCAGAUGUAUGUAGUUAAGACGAGGGUCUCAGGGUGGCCCUGGUCCAGAAUGACUGGUCUCCUUACGAAGAGGAUGGAGGGGGAAGCUUGGAUGCAGAGAUGCACCUGUAAACCAAGGGGAGCGGCCAGGACCAGGUCUCCCCUCACAGCCCUGCCAGCCCUGCUUAUGGCCUCUUCACAGUCACAUUUCUGUUCUUAAGCCACCCAGUUUGUGGUACUUUGUUAUAGCCCUCCUGUCACAAAGACACAUUUACCUGUGAUCCUCUUCUGCUCUCAGAACAAAGCCCGAGCUCCUGACCACACACUUGAGGCCCAGGUGCCCCCCCAGCGCCAUCCCGGAGUGAGUCAGCCCACGUUUAGAGUUCUCAGGGCCCAGCAAGCAGUGCUCCCUCUAAACACAUGCUCUUCCUGCCAGGGAUACCCUUCCUUCCUCACUGCCCCAGGGAGCUCUCGUACCCCACUCUGGCUCAGCACCCCUCUGUCAGCACUCUGGUGACCCCUCAUUUUCCACGUAUUUGCUUAUGCAGCUGCCUGCUCCAUCCUCCAUCAGACCGGGAACAUGAACACGGGACGGCAGCAAGCAGGGAUGAAGUCACCAUGUGUGUACAUGUGCCGCUGCGGGCAUGAAGCCAGGUGGAACCCUCGAUCUACUCUCCUUGGCCAAGAAGAUGGUUUGGAGUUGUGAGUUGGUUCAGUGCCCCCAGUCCUACACCUGGCACUCUCUGGAUAGGACAGACUGGAGGCGGGGGCUUAGCAGGCAUGACUCCGAUGACCCACCCUGUGGUACAAACCAAUCGCAAGGAGUCCAGCUGAUGUUGCCUGCAGCUCCACCACCAGGACCAGGCUGAGUGAAGCCAUGAGGAACCUCAGCGAGGAGGUGAAGGAAAGCUGGGGUGGGGUGGUGGUGGGGGCGCUGCUGCUCUGUUCCAGCAGCCCUGGAAGAGUGGGAAACGCCCUAACAGGAGACACAGGCUGCAGUAUGACCCCGCUAAUGGCCGGGGCAGAGGGGGGCCAGAUGGAUCAAGUGGGCUGAGAGGCAGGGCUGCACGGGGCAUACAGCCACCAGGAGAGCUGGCUGGACUCAGGUUUCUUUGCCCAGCCCAGGGCACAGUUUUUGCUGUUCAGAGUUCAUCUGAUUAGCUCCAGAUUUCUGGUCUCUGAACAUAGACUUUUCCUGCAAGCUAGACAAAAGGAUUCACUGGCUCCCCACCCCAACCCCCACUCAGGGAAGUGGGGAUCUGCUUGGAAACAAAAACAGCCCCUCAGCGCCCUAAGCCCUGCUAGAGUGGGCAGAGGGAGCCCAGACGCUGUGAGAAAUCAGUUGUUUCCAGAUGUGAUGAGCGCAGCAGAAAUGGACAGACAGAUGGACAGGCGGACAGGUGGAUGGACAGAGCCGACAGACAAGGGGAGAGCGGGAGGCGGAGGGAAAGGCAGCCUGUGUUCUGGCUGGGCUGGCUGCCCUACGUGUCCUUGAGGAUAGUGCUGGGGUCUCUUGUUUAUGGGGUCUCUUGUUUAGCACCACGUCUCCAGCACUGACCCCAGGGCCUGCUUGUGGUGGGGGCUGUGAGUAUUCGUUGAGUUAAUGGACGGAAAAAUGAGGCCCACAGGGCAAUCAUCUUCCCUCUCCCCCAAGUCCUCUCCUCCUCUAGGCCUUGCCUGACCCCCAGGAGACAAGGAUGCUGCCCUGACAGCAUGUCCAUGGAGUGCCCUGGGACUCUGGGCAGGAAGGCCUGACUCCUUGCUGCAGGCCCAGCAAGCUCCAGCCAGCACGUGUGGACAUCUGCCUGUGAGGCUGGGGAAGGACCAGGUAAACAGCCCUUCACUGGGCUCAGUCCCACAGUCAGGGAGCACAGCAUCCCUCUCCUGGAAGCUGGUCAGUAAAGGUGUCUGACCCAGGAGGGCCCAGGGCACUAGGAUCCCUGAGACCUAGGUCUCCUCUUGGAAGUUAACAUUGAGCCCUGGAGGACAGUCAGGCCUGGGGCUCUGCAGCGACAUACAUCCCGGACAGGAAGCUCGACCACUGGGGGCCCUUCCCCGGGGAAAGCAGGGGAGGCUGUGCAGAGGGGAUGGGGUGGGGGGUCAGAGACAGUGGAAGAGAUGAGAGGCAUGGGAAGAUCAACAGUGAUGAGGGGAGGGCAGCAGGUGGGCCGAGAGAGACAGAACUUGGAGGCUGCACACAGCGCAGGGGGAAGACCUUCCCCGAGCGCCAGACUGGGCGUGGUGGUGCCAGGCAGAGCCCCCUCUCCGGAAGGAGACACUGGUGCCAAGAGGGGCCAGGUCAGCACCCUGCGAAGGAAAUGCCUGUUCCCAUCUGCAGGAGGAAGAGGGAGCAGAAGGACACGCACAGCGAGAUGGGAAGAGAGAAGGGGGGACUGCAGGGGAGCAUGGGGCUUCAGGCAGGGAGGUUGGGGGGGUGACCCUGGCCCCCCGCUCUGCACAACGCAGGCGUUCAGAUCGAAGUGGAGGGGUGGUGAGGAAGAGGGCGAGAGGAGCAGGCGGAGGAGGACCACACCGGAAUUACCUGAUCAAGUGAUAGCUGUGAGAUGCCAGAGUGCAGCAGAGGGGGGGGAGAGAGGAGGGACAUGCGUCGGAUCAGAGCGGGACGGGACAGAGAGAGAACGUCAGUCAAGGGCAAAACCCCGGCCGCCGCUUCAGGCUGGGCUGGGCAACCCGGCCUGGCCCUGCAACCUCCCCGGACCAGUCCACCCGCACUGCGGCCCCCAGCCCAGCACGGCCAACCAUGCUGCUGGAACCCACGCCCUGGGUGACAGGUGGGGAGCUGAGCCCAGAGAGGAGCCAAAGCUCGCCCAAGUCCACACAGCAGAUCCCAACCCAGCUUGGCUCUGGGCUUUGUGGGUGCUGAUUCCAGAAGCCGCUGGACUCUGGCUCGGGGACAGCGGGAGGCCCCCUUCUCCCGGAACAGGGCAGGCUGGUCAGGACGUCUGCCAGCCGAGGGCUCAGAAGGUUCACCUAGUGGGGACGGGGGCUGGCCUGUCGCAGGCUGGGAAGGCCCCGGAAGGCGGUCAGGGCCUACUCACUUCUGGAGCACGAAGAUGCCCACGAUGAGGGCGAAGGAGAUCA